AUGGAAGAGAAAUUCAAGGGUUUGAUGGUAGGGGAGCCAAGUACUUUGGCGGAAGAGCAAUCGAAGGAUUCGGCGGUAGACGAGUCCAAGAAUUCAAGCAAAGAGAAGUCCAAGAAUUUAAGCAAAGAGAAGUCCAAGGACUCAACAGAAGAGCAGCCCGAUGACUCAGCGGAUAACUCAGACUCCCCAAUUGGCUCUCAUUCAACGACGCCAAACUCUACAUCCACCUAUGAAUAUUCGCACGAACCCUUUCUCUCUUUCCAGCACAAAAUCGUUGAGUUGGCAGGCCAGAUGGGCGCUAGUAACAUUUCAGAUGUUAUGCGUUUGAAGGGCGGCAGCUCCAAUCGUGUGAUUUCAGCUACCAUUUGCUGUGCAAACGAAUCAGCACCACAAAUCAGAGGGGUUUUUCGUAUCCCACGCUUUACGAUAUGGCCCGAUGAUGAGAAAGCGGUCACAGAGCCUUACGAGCUUGAUAGACGCAUUUAUGAACAGCUUGCAUUGUGGUCUCUCCUUGCCGCACAUGGAGUUCCUGCUCCCAGGAUCUUGGCUUUCGAUGCUACAGCUGCUAAUGCAAUUCACUCUCCGUACACAUUCCAGGAGCUUGCCAAUGGCACUCGACUUGAUGAGGUAUACGAAAAGAUGUCUCUUGAUGGGAAACUCAGUAUAGUCGACGAACUUGUCCGCUUGCUCGAUCAUUGCGAAUCAAUCAAAUUCUCCGAGGCGGGCAGGAUCGACUGUGUCAAGGGCCCAAAUGAUCAACAAACUAUACUACCUAACAGAGUUGGAUUAUUUGGCCAUCAACGCUCUGGCGAGACAGCUACAGCGGCUGAGAUCAUCGGCUUUGGUACAGGCGGUGAGCCUAGAGUUCCCACACGACCUGUUCGAGAUUUACGUGACUUGUUGAAGACGCAGCUUGAUGCUUGGAUCACGUACGAAAUCGAAAGCGCUCCAGUUCCGAAGAAUCGCUUCACCUGGAACCUGUUCAGACGCCUGCAGGAUGUUAUGCAGGAAAUGGAGGCGCUGGGGUUUUUCGAGGCUGAUCUGCCCUUUGAGAAAGGAAUGAAGGAACCUCGGAACAUCUUAUAUCAUUGGGAUUUAGAACCAAGGAACAUCCUUAUUACCCCGGGCUUUGAAACCGGGGUAAUAAAGGACGUUCAAAGAUGGAGAAUAAGCGCGGUCCUCGACUGGGAUGACUCCCUGAUUCUACCACCCAUUCUAAGCCGAAAGCCGCCUAUCUGGCUUUGGGACUUCAGCGAUCUUGACGCAGAAAUCAAUAGUUUCGUUCCAAAAGAUUAUGAUGGAGAUGUGGAUCUUUUGCCUGCUGAUCGAUAUGGUGAGAAUAGCGGAAGACUAUCGGAAGACGACCGCCGUAUCAAAACGUAUUUCGAGGCAAACUUCGUGCGAGCGUUGUCCCUUAAGAACCCCCAUCUUGACAUGGCUGUUUACCAUGAUGAAGCAUAUGGACGCGGUCAGUGGUUGCGCCGGCUAGCACGGUUUGCUCUCGACGGGUUCGAAGACAACCGCGACGCACAGCGGUUUGAUAGAUUUGUCGAAGAUUGGAAUCGGGCUCGGCCGACCUUCCAGACCAGCGGGAUAUGA